AUGUCGAACUUCAUGAAUCAGGCUCAAGACGCUGUAUCGCAGGCUGGCAGCAAGGCCCAGGAACUCGCUGGUCAAGCCAAGGACCAGAUCAGCAACUUUGGUCAAGGUGGCCAGGGUGGCCAGAGCAUCUCGCAGCAGGCCGGAGAGUAUGCUGGCCAGGCCAAGGAACAGGCAGGCAACUUUGGCAAGCAAGCCCAGGAGCAGGCCGGUAACCUGGGCAAGCAGGCCCAGGACCAGGUUAACAACCUGAGCAACCAGUUCGGCGGCAAGUAA